ACAGUCUCAGACGUUUGCCACAGGAAUACCACACAGACGACAGAGACAAGAUUUCUGAUAGCUUUCGAAAUUCAGAGACGGCGCAUCAUGACCGAGGUGAUGAACACCUGUGAGCCUGCGGUGGGGGACUUUGGAGUCGGCGGCGCCCCGGGAGAUGACAGCAUCUCAUUUCAGAUCUUUCCGGAGAACCAUGAGCGUCACCCCAAGCUGUCCAAGCGUCUCCCGUCGAUCGUGGUGGAGCCUACGGAGGGUGGUGAGGUGGAGAGCGGUGAGCUGCGCUGGCCUCCUCCGGAUGAGAUGAGCUCCGCUGAGGACACCUGCCAGGACAUUCCCGUCCACAUCCCCGCUGGGGAGGAGCAGCCAGUGGAAACAGAGCAGGAGGAAGAGGAGGAAGACAGGGCAAUGGGCGGCACCUCAGACUGACCAACCGAAGUUGGCACCAAUCCCAAUCCAGCAUUUUCACUGUGACUGUCUCUGAUAGGAGCAUGGGUGUGUCAGGGUUGGGGCUUGGGUUUCAUGGCCCAAUCUGUACACUGGCACAAGCUGGAGCCCACUCUGGAGGGGAACCCCCACCCGAUGGGAUGUAGGACAGUUGACUGACAAGACUGUCUUUGCUGAACUGAGUCACUGCCAAACACUAGAAGUAGCCUGCUACUGUGAUAAGAGUCAUCAGUGUCGGGUGGUUUACUCUUUGUGUUUUUGAAUAUCAGCUGUCUUUUUUGUGUGCAUUUCAAAAUUCAUUCAUGUAGACAUAUGUACAUACUUGAUGUAUAGUUUAUUUUGAUGAAAUUCUAAAGCUGUCAAAUUGUAUCAAACACAGUGGUAGUAGGUAAAAUGAGAAAGAUGUGUCAUGUUAUCAGUUGACUGCCAAUACAAUGGUAUUAUCCCUUUUCCAUCAUAUAAUUGCAGUAGAUUGUAAUAUCCAUGGGCCUACAGCUACAGGGGCUACUGAACUGGACUCAAGCUAUUCAGUUGCAAAAAAAUUACAUUUUGAUUCUGUAAAUAUGACAUGAAAUGAAGACCAGUUCUCCGAAUAUCAAUGAUUUUGGCCCACAUUUUACAUUGCUGAUACAGCACUAUAACAGCCAUGUGCUGGUAGCAGUUAUUACAUUACAUUCAGUAGUUUUUUUUAUCCAAAUGGACUGACAGACUAUUCAGACAAGUUUUUUUAAUCCAAAGGGGCAUAUUCAGUUUACAUUAAGUGGUGCAAUACAGAGUAGGCAGUUCGUUCCUUGAAUUUGUUACCCAUAUCUGUUCCUCUCGUUUUGCGUAGACUGGACCUCAUUUACUUCAUUUGACAUUUUACAUUACUCCUCUUACUCCUCUUUAAGUUCGAAGAACAUUUUGCAGUUAACAAUUUUUUUUUUGAUCAGGCAUUUCUUGUUAUCAAUACCACACCAUAAAUAUGGAACAUUGAAACACACUUAAAAACACAACUUUCAAGGACACUUGAGACCUUAAAAAUCUUCAUGAGAAGAAUAUUGAUAUAAAAUAAUAAGGCCCAUUGCUUCUUGUCUGAGUGAUUGACCUUAAAGACAAAUUCAUAUUUUUGUUAAGUCUUUUCCAAGCCUUGCACUUUUCAAAUGUUUCAAUUGUACCGAAGGCUUAGGUAAACAAACAAUGUUCUAGUUGG